GAGCUCCCUGUCCAAUCAGCUGCCAAGCGGGGGAGAGCCGAGGCUGGCGUGGAAUGGCGGCCGCCGAGUGCAGGUUGGAGGUUCCCUCCGGUUCGGCUUCUUCCCGGGAGCUGUCGGUGGCUGGUGGAGGCAGCUCCGUUGCGUUCCAGCUGACUCCCGUCGCCCGGAAGGCGAGCCCUUCGGACCUGGUGGCGCUGGCCGAGCAAGUGGAGAAGGCGGACGAUUUUGUCCGGGCGAACGCUUGCAACAGGUUGACGGUCAUAGCAGAACAAAUCCGGUACUUGCAGGAACAAGCCAGGAAGGUUUUGGAGGAUGCGAACAGAGAUGCUGAUCUUCACCACGUGGCCUGCAACUUUGUGAAGAAGCCAGGGAACAUCUAUUACUUGUACAGACGAGAAAGCGGCCAGCGGUAUUUCUCUAUGCUUUCCCCUAAGGACUGGGGCUCCAGCUGCCCCAGUGAGUUCCUCGGGGCCUACAAGCUGCAGCAGGACAUGUCCUGGACGCCUUCAGAUGCCAUUGAGAAACGCGAUGCCGAACUGGACAUCCUGGGCAAGCUGCUGAACCAGCAAGCUGCGUUGCCACCAUGCAGUGAACCAAACUUCCAAGGCCUCACCAUGUGAAGCCUCCAAGGGGUGGAUCGACACAGAGGCAGCCAGUGGGGAGCGUCUUCUUCUCUGACUUGCACAGAAGCAACCAAAACUCCCGGGUCCAGUAGAGAAAUAAAAUGGAAGAACUGCAGCGAGGGCCCUUUCCGCGCUUGGCUGUCUCCUGCCUGGGAGCUCCUGAGUGGUUUUCCUUGAUGUCCGAACGUGGACGUACCUCUUGUCUUAAUUAACUUGGUUUUAGCAUCUAUUAUAUAGUUAGAAGAGUUUCUUGUUUGUGUGAAAAAAAGUCAUACUUCCCGAUUAAUUACAGAUACUAGGAAUGUGCAUGAAAUUCCCACAAAUGGAUUUGAUUAUUUCGAUUCGACAUUGGAUAUAUUCGAUUUCGAUUCGCCUUUGGGUGAAUUCGAAUUGAUGUGAGCGAAUCUUCACUCUGUCCAGUGGUUCCAAAUUGAAUUGAUUCGAAUUUGAAUUGAUUCAGGCAAAUUUUGUGCACAUCCCUAACAGAUACCCAAUUUUGCAUGCAAAAGCUUGCCUCUUAAAUUAGUUUAAUGCACUACUUUUUAUGCUGGGAUAUACUGGGAUUUUUUUUGUAUUUAUUAGAAGAAAUUCUGAAUACAAUCAGAUAUUAAUGAUUAUUUUCAUUAAUAAGCAUAGAGUUUUAAACAUUCAUUCAGAUUAAUAAUUCACAAGCAUCAUUUCCAAAUGAAGCAAAAGAUGGAUUCAAAUGGACUGUGGUUCAAAUUUAUCAUAUAGGAUUAGUCAAGAAAGUGAAUGCUUGAAGUUGAAAUAGUUCGAAUUAGUUUGAAUUUUAAACUGUUCUUUUACUUCCCUUCUGGAAGCACAUUAUUUUUUUUAAAAAUCUACUAAAUACUGUAUAUUUAAUUUCUUGAACUUUCCUGUAAGUGUAAUCUAGACAAAAUGGCUUUGCCUGGUCAAUGACAGGCCUCACCUGUAGCAUUAGUUUAGUUAUUUCACAGAGCCAGCAUCACGUAGUGGAGUGUUGGUCUAGGAUUGUGAAGACCCGAGUUCAAAUCCCCAUUUGGCCAUGAAGCUCACUGGGUGAUUCUGGGCCAGUCAUGUAUUUCUCACCCUAACCUACCUCACAGGGUUGUUGUGAGGAUAAACAUUACCAUGUACACCGCUCUGGGCUCCUUGGCGGAAGAGCAGGAUAUAAAUGUUAAAUAAAUGAAUAAAUUAAAAAAAGUAAAAUUGGGCAGGAUCAAACUGGAAGGAGGCACUUGUAAGACAAUAUCAGCUUCCUCCAAAUAGCCCAGCAUCAAAAGUAGAAGAAUUUCCACCAGAAUCUUCACUGAAAGAUUUUGCAUUUUAUAAUGAGGGCAAGAGUGAAGCCAGUAUAUGGUUACAUACUGGUGUUUUGUGUGGCCUAAGUGAGACAAUCUCGGAGGGUUUCUGGGACCUCUCUGUAUUAAUAAGAGCAAACGGAAUGGUUAAGAAAGUGAGAAAAUGCAGCCGUCUUUUGCCAUGGCUGCACACUUGUAUUUGCAAAAACAUGUUCUCUUGGCCACAUCACCAAUGUGGAGAUAGCUCUGAUUUGGUUUGCAGGGGCUGUGCAAGGAUUAUUGAGUAAAUAAUUAUUGAUUAUUAUUGAGAAGUUUCAAUGGGCUAAAUAAAUGCAAAGUAUUCUUAGUGCUCUA